AGAAGAUCAAACCAAACACUUCACUUUGCUAUGACGAUCCUAAAUCUAGAGAUGCUUACCCAAACCAUCAUCACAUUCAUACUUGCUUCACUAAUGCUCGUUUGUUACAUGGCUUUCAAAAAGACAAAGCAUUCCACAACCCUAAACUUACCACCAGGCCCACCAACCUUACCCGUAAUCGGGAACAUACACCAACUCGCUGGUUCAGUUCCACAUCGAGCUCUCAGAGAUUUGGCCAAGAAAUAUGGACCAAUCAUGCACUUGAAACUUGGUAAUGUCUCAACAAUCGUUUUUUCAUCGCCUCGAGUGGCUAAAGAAAUAUUGAAAACUCAUGAUAUCAUAUUUGCUGAUCGACCAAAGUCAGAAUACACCAAGAUCUUUUAUUAUAAUCGCACUGAUAUCGCAUCUGCGCCAUAUGGUGAUUACUGGAGGCAGAUGAAAAAGAUUUGCAUCCUUCAACUCCUUAGUGAGAAAAAGGUGAAAUCUUUUGGUUCCCUGAGAGACGAAGAGCUUGAUCGCCUUUGUGAUUCUCUACGAUCUUCAAGUGGUUCUGUGGUCAACUUUACUGAGAUGAUCGUUGGGUUGAUCAACAACAUAAUUUGCAGGGCUACUUUUGGAAAUGACUACAAAGCUCAAGAUCAAAUUGUGUUGAUACAGUUAAUAAAAGACUUGUUGUUGACAUCUGGAGCUGUCAAUGUGGGAGAAUUUUUUCCUCGACUUAAGUUCGUAAACGUGGUAUUAGGGAUCAAGUCAAAGCGAUUAAAGAUACACAAACAGCUUGACAAGGUGUUGGAAGAUGCUUUGGAGGAUCGAAAAGGUAAGCGUAAUGCUGGGAUGGAGAGAUCAGAUGAACGCUUGGUCGACGUUUUAUUAAGGAUUAAGGAAGAAGAAGAAGUUCAGUUCCCAAUCACCUUGGACAAUAUCAAAGCCGUUCUUUUAGACAUGUUCGUCGCUGGAACAGACACAUCUUCUGCGACUAUCAUGUGGGCAAUGGCAGAAAUGAUGAGAAACCAAAGCGUGCUAAAGAAAGCGCAAGAACAAAUAAGGGAAACAUCAAGACAAAAGGUAACUUUCACUAAAAAUGGCACUAACACUUAUCCUUACUUGAAGUUAGUGAUCAAGGAAACAUUGAGAUUGCAUCCACCAGCUCCAUUGUUAGUUCCUCGAGAGUGUAGACAACAGUGCAAGAUCGAUGACUAUGAUAUACCGGCAAAAACGAAAGUGGUGGUAAAUGCUUUUGCAUGUGCACUCGAUCCUGAAUAUUGGGAGGACCCUGAGAGCUUCAUACCUGAAAGAUUUGAAAACAGUUGUAUUGACUUCAUUGGAAAUGAUUAUGAGUUUAUUCCAUUUGGGUCAGGAAGGAGAAUGUGCCCUGGGAUUACUUUUGGAACAAAUUCAAUUGAAACUACCCUAUUUGAAUUAUUGUAUCAUUUUGAUUGGGAACUUCCACAAGGAAUGGAGCCAAAAGAUAUCAACAUGGAAGAGUCUCAUGGCAUCACCACUACCCUAAAAGCACCUUUGCAGCUUGUUCCUGUCGUUCAUUCGCAACCAAAUAACUAAGAAAUGCAAGAUGAGAAAGAAAGUCAAUUGGGAUCCAUUAUAAAGUUGAAGAAAUUUAAUUACCCUGUUUACCGAAU